CUCCUGACGCCCCGCCCAGAACGUGAGUCCGCAUGCGCACACCGCUUUCUCUCGCUGACGCACCCCCGGAAGCACUGGCAGUGUCGGGGGCGGGGCCGGGAAGCGUUUCCGGGGGCGGGAAGCGCAGGCUGAGGCGGUCGCGGCGGCGACGGCUUGAACGGGCCUGGCGGCUACGGUGGAAAGUGUCCCGCGGGCGGGCUGUGUGAGCACGGAGGCCUUGGCAGAAGUCAAUGUGAUUUUAAUUUGAAGCAAAACUGAGAAAUGGGUUCCUGUUCCUCAUUCAUUCAUACUGCAUUUUGAUGGCCAUGGCAUAAGAAACUUUAUCCCAGGAAUACGACUUUGCAUUAGCACUGAACAAGAUUUGUGAUGAAAUGGAGCCUGGAACAAACUCUUUUCGAGUAGAAUUUCCUGAUUUUUCCAGCACCAUUCUGCAGAAACUGAACCAGCAGCGCCAGCAAGGACAAUUGUGUGAUGUCUCCAUUGUUGUCCAAGGCCACAUUUUCCGGGCACACAAAGCUGUUCUUGCUGCCAGUUCACCCUACUUUUGCGACCAGGUACUCCUGAAAAACAGCAGGAGGAUUGUUUUGCCUGAUGUGAUGAACCCCAGAGUGUUUGAGAACAUUCUCCUAUCUAGUUAUACUGGACGUCUAGUAAUGCCUGCUCCAGAAAUUGUUAGUUAUUUAACAGCAGCAAGCUUCCUCCAGAUGUGGCAUGUGGUAGACAAAUGCACUGAGGUUUUAGAGGGAAACCCUACGGUCCUUUGUCAGAAGCUAAAUCAUGGCAGUGACCACCAGUCUCCCAGCAGCAGUAGUUAUAAUGGCCUGGUAGAGAGCUUUGAGCUGGGCUCUGGGGGCCAUACUGAUUUCCCCAAAGCCCAAGAACUGAGGGAUGGAGAGAAUGAAGAGGAGAGCACCAAAGACGAGCUGUCAUCUCAGCUCACUGAGCACGAGUACCUUCCCAGCAACUCGUCCACAGAGCAUGACCGGCUCAGCACUGAAAUGGCAAGCCAGGAUGGGGAGGAGGGGGCCAGUGACAGCGCUGAGUUCCACUACACGCGGCCCAUGUACAGCAAGCCCAGCAUAAUGGCUCACAAACGCUGGAUCCAUGUAAAGCCCGAGCGCUUUGAACAGGCGUGCGAGGGCAUGGAUGUGCAUGCACCCUACGAUGAGCACCAGGUCACUGAGUCCAUCAAUACCAUGCAGACAGAGCACUCAGUCCAGCCUUCAGGAGUAGAGGAAGACUUUCACAUCGGGGAAAAAAAGGUGGAAGCCGAGUUUGACGAACAGGCUGAUGAAGGCAAUUAUGAUGAGCAGGUGGAUUUCUAUGGCUCGUCCAUGGAAGAGUUCUCUGGAGAGAGGUCUGAUGGGAAUCUAAUUGGGCACAGACAGGAGGCUGCCCUAGCAGCAGGCUACAGUGAGAAUAUUGAAAUGGUAGCAGGGAUUAAAGAAGAAGCUUCCCACUUAGGAUUCUCAGCCACUGACAAGCUGUAUCCUUGUCAGUGUGGGAAAAGUUUCACUCACAAGAGUCAGAGAGAUCGACACAUGAGCAUGCACCUUGGUCUUCGGCCUUAUGGCUGUGGUGUCUGUGGUAAGAAAUUCAAAAUGAAGCAUCAUCUCGUGGGCCACAUGAAAAUUCACACAGGCAUAAAGCCGUAUGAGUGUAAUAUCUGUGCAAAGAGAUUUAUGUGGAGGGACAGUUUCCACAGGCAUGUGACUUCUUGUACCAAGUCCUAUGAAGCUGCAAAGGCUGAGCAGAAUACGACUGAGGCUAACUAAAAAUAGGAUCUGGCCCUUGAGUGGCAGGCUCAAAAAUAAACUAUGGUAAUUAUGCAAAUCUGGGCACAGAUGAUGCGUGCUACUUGCUAUUAUGAGAGAAGCUUAAAAAAAAAGGAAGAUAUUUCUGAAAGACCAGCUCUAAGUAGGCCAAUUAAAAAGUCUAAUUCCUCAGAUUUGUAUGUUCCAGUCCAGGCCUAGAGGGGGUGAAGGGGGUAGGUUCACCCACCUCCCAGCUGGCAAGGUAAACCUUGAGGCCCAUGUGAUUGAGGCAGGUGGACUUGGUGAUAGAGACACCUGCAGUGGGAACUGGAUUCCAGCCCCCCAGUUCCAUGUCAGGUGGCAGCAGUUUUUGAUCACUCAUAUUACAAGGUCAUGUUGGAAUUUCAUUUUGCUCUUACUAUAGAUACUUAGGUAAUGUGGAUUUGUUUUGGUAGCUGCUUCACUGAAUGAAAUGCUACUUAGGUAAAAGCUACAAAUAAUGUGAUUCCUAGGAUGAGAAAUUGAUUAACAGCUCUUUUGUCUGGUUUUAUUCUUUCUAAAUGGUAUUUUAAUUAAAACUAUGGAAAUACUAAGAGGAUGACAUUCUAAGUAUGAAACAAAUAACAUGGUACAAGCUUCAGUUUCUGUAAGAUGCCGCUGUCACAAUGUAUUUCAGACUCUUGAUAAGGCAAAGUUUUGUAUUUUAGUACUAACAUUUAAUUUGAGCAGUUGUAUCUAAUUGUAAUUCUCUAGAGUGCCCGAGAUAGGUAUUUCUAAUUGGUUUGCUGUCCCAAAUCCUGUUUGCUGAAUUGUAGCAUCCACACAAUGGGAUUUGCUUUGACUCUGACCACGGUACCAUUGACUGCUCCAGGCGUUUCUCUCACAGAUUAUGGUGCUUCCCAAAGAGGCCACAGUUAUUGGGAAGGAGCCAAAAGUCACGGCUGAAAGUUACCCAUGGACUUUCAGGAGUUAGUAGUGUGCUACAGUGAUACUUGCCGAGUAGCAGAAUUUUGAGUGGCAGGUUAUACUUAGGGGGGAAAAAAAAACAACUGGCCAAGAAGAGAGGAGUCUUGAAAAUACACUGGUGGGGGAGAUACUCUUAGAGGGGUACCCUGAGCUGAUACUGCCAGUUCUUUAGGAGUGCUGGAAUGUGUUUUCAAAGGGGGAAAGAAGGAGUCCUAAUUUUAGAAAGUAGUCUACAGAUUCAUGCUCCCAAAUUAUAGAUAAAGCUGCAUAAAUUUACAAGUCCACAUAGCUAUACCUACCAAAAAACAACAAGAAAAGCAGCUAUUCUGAGACCUUUUCUGCGGAUCAGAUGUUUUAGGUUAAAAAGGAAGCAUAUAUUCAGGAUGCUUGUAGGCUGUGUAAUAUACCUGAAGUUAUCACCAGGGUAGAUCAGGGUGCUAGUACUAUGUCAACUUUUCCGUAAACUUA